UUUUGUACCGUACGUACACCAAUCUCCACAUGCUUCUGGCACCGUCACACACAACACGUACGUGGCGUGUGCGUGAAUUAACACCGCUCUGCUCUUAAAGGUAGACGAGAAAGCCCACCAUGGUAAGGUACAAACUUCAAGUUUUCCAUCUUCUAGUCCUUGUUGGAUACACCAUUGGUUCGAGUGCCGCUCAAUCGUGCUAUGCUUCACAGCGUGGCCAUCUCGCUGGCAAUGUGACACUGGGCUUCCUGUUUUCGUACCGUGGAUACGAUCCCGCCACACAGAAAUGUAACAACGAUGUGCCCAAUUUGGAGAAUAUUCAGCUUAUAGAGGCUGCGUCCAUGAUAUUGCAACGAGCAGGGGUUCCAGGUAUAGCCUUUGGUUUGGAUUCGUGGGAUACGUGUUCAUCCAGUCAUGCGGCAGUGGAGGCUUCAAUGGCUUACCUUGCAGAUCAAUUUGAUGACUCGAAUCAAGAUACUUUGACGGAUCCAUGUUCUUCCACUGUCUCCAAGCCUGGCAUUGUCGCGGGAUUGGAAAAUGGGGGUCAAGGCGAAACUGUUUCUUGGUUGAUGAAUGAAGCCAGAGUUCCUGUGAUCAGCUUUGGUGCCUCCCAACCAUCCUUGACCGAAGACGGCCAGUUCCCUUACUUCUUGCGCACCAUACCCAACGACGACUUCCAGUCAGUGGGACUAGUUCUGCUGCUUCAGAGAAUGAACUGGAACUACGUGACAACCAUCACCCUCGACACUGUGGAGGAUCAAGCGGCAUUACGAUCAUUCCAGCGAGCAGCCAAUCGACAUUCAAUAUGCAUAACAUCACCCCAACAAUUCUCUUCGAAUUCUUCCAAUGAAGACAUGGAUCAACUCCUCAGCGGCAUCACCAGCAACGCGUACGCGCGCGUGGCCGUCGUCUUCUCCUCCAGGACGGAGAAAUUGGCCGCUGCGGUACUAAGAGCGGAAAACUCGGCCUCUGCUCUACAGUUCGUUCUCGGCCACAGGGCCACGCUUGCCCCCGUAUCGGGUGCUUCUGCUCUGCCCGGAGCGCUUGGAUUCAGGUUACCCUCACCACCAACGGACGAAUUCGAUGCCUACUUCAGAAAUCUAACCCCGGACACAGUUGACCCAGUUCGCAAUCCAUGGUUUAGGGAUUACUGGCAAAGGAAAUAUCGGUGCAAUCUCCCUGGAUCAGGAUCUUACAGUCAGAACUGCUCAAGCAUCCAAACAAUUCUACACGAGCACAGUUACGUACGUCACCCCUACGUGCCGAGUGUUAUCGACGCAGUCCUGGCAUUUACAACGAACAUUCAAACUUUCUACAACGUGAGCUGCUCAGUGAUUGGUCAGUCGGGCUCGUGUGAUUCUGAUCAAAGCCAACAAUGGUUGUCGCUCAUCAAAAAUGUCAAUUUCACAAAAGAUAACGGCCAGCAUUUUGCAUUUCACCAAUCUGGAGACACUUACUACAAUAGACUGGACAUAGUCAACUACAAAAUGAAUGGUGCCGGAAACUUCCAACUGGAACCACUUGGUUCUUUCGAGAGAGGCGAGCUCAGCUUAAAUGUCAGCCAACUUGAGCUGGUGAGCAGCGGAGGUGUGAGCCCAGUUCGGUCGGAGUGCAACCCCCCGUGUGUGGAUCUCGCCUGCGGAGACACGAGUGGACCUAUGGUUUAUAUUCCCGGAGAUGUCAUUCUCGGGGGCUUUUUCUCCGUCCACAACUGGAACGACAGUCAGUCCUCGUGCGGGGCUAUGGACAAAUCCGGCGUCAGGCGACUGGAAGCCAUGAUGUACGCACUGGACAAGAUCAACAACGACACCACGAUUCUGCCGGGCAUCAAGCUGGGCAUGGAUGGCUUUGACACCUGUGGACAUCCGGAUCGAGCCGGUCACCAGGCCCUUCAGUUGGUCAGCCAGAGUCAGUUCGGACAGAGCGGCUCGGGCCAGAGGCCUAAGCCGGGUGGACUGCUUGAGCACGUGUAUGGUAUCAUUGGCCCGAAUGGUGACGAGGAGUGCCAGUUAGUGAAUGGGGUUCUCAAUGUUUAUGACACGCCGAUGAUAUCCUACGCAGCAACGGCUCAAACCCUGAGCAACUCGGCCGUGUACACGAAUUUUGCGCGCACAGUUUUCCCCGAUUCGACGGCUGGUUACGCUCUGCUCCAGGCAAUGUUAGCCAAAGGCUGGAGGUAUGCGCAGGCGCUCAACAGUAACACAGCCUCGGGACGUCUCUUGUCAGCUGUUUUACAGCAAACCGGCACCAGGAUUGGCGUCUGUUUGACAACUUCUCAAAUCAUUCCACCAGCUGACAACAGGGAUCAAAUGGACGAGGUUUUCCAAAAUUUGCUGACUCGCUCUUCAGCCAAAGUUGUCGUCAUUACUGCUACCAACGCUGAUAUGCGUGUCAUCCUCGGGGAAUUUCAAAGGCGUAAUCUUUUCGACCAGUUUUACUUGAUUUUAGCCAGCGAAUGGUCGACUGACUUGAGUCUGCAGUCAGAUUUCGCUGCAAUUGCACCAGGGAUAACAUUCUUAUCAGAGGGCAAACGAAGUUAUCCAGAAUUCAAGGAAUAUUUUUCAAGACUGAAGCCGGGAACAAACCUACGCAACCCAUGGUUCGCUGAAUAUUGGGCCGAUAGGUUCCAGUGUAACUACCCAGGAACGCAGUCUGCUUACGCCGAAGAUUGUUCAGGGUUUGAAUCUCUAACACCUGACGAUGGUGAGGACAUGCGCAUUGCGCAGACAGUGGAUGCUGUGUACGCCAUGGCUCGUGCCAUAUCAGACCUUCACGCUCGUUACUGUCCAGGGGAGCUUCAUGUCUGUCCUGCAAUGAUCACAGCCACAGGGGAAGAACUCUUUCAACUCUUGACUGUACCAUUUACCAACCGAUUUACAAGUGUAAAUGAUGGUUACAUCGUUGCAAUGAACAUAUAUGGCGAUGUUGCACCUGACUAUGAAAUAUACAACGUGCAGACGAUGCCCGAUGGAACCUUAAUAGAUGUGAAGGUUGGUGUUUACCAGAACUAUAACUUCCGAGCGGUGGAUGGAACUGACAUCACUUUGUACACCAAGGUCAACGACACCUUUGUUGAAGUUGCUGAUGCAAAGUCUGUUUGUGAAGGUCGAUGUGAUGACUGUAAAACGAACGAGAGGGUGCAAACAGCCGAGGUUUCUGGGGGAGAUGUAUGGAUCGGAGGACUGUUUGAGCUCCACGAACCAACAAGUGAUAACCUACAGUGCAAAGACCAGCUCAUUCCUUACAAUGUCCAGUUGCUGGAGGCAUUCCUGUUUGCCGUCGAGCAAGUUAACCUGAACUCUGCUAUUCUGCCGGAACUGAAAUUGGGUGCCAUCGGUUUUGACAGCUGCGGCAGCGCAGAUAGGGCUCGAAGGGAGGUGCUUAAUUUCGUGAGUGGGGCUGUGGAUUACCGAUCCGGAUAUCUUCAGACACGUGCUUCGGUUGUUGGAAUCAUAGGGGGUCAGACCAGCGACACGACAGUCACAGUUGCAGAAGCCUUAACGCCACUUGGUAUAAAUCAAGUCAGCUACUCCGCAACAACGUCUGAACUGGAUAAUUCCGGCAAGUUUCCCUACUUCCUCCGGACGGUGCCGUCUGACAACAUGCAGGCCCGGGCCAUCGUGGACUUGCUUCAAGCCGCGAACUGGCAGUAUGUGUCGGUGGUGUAUUCAGACAAUUUGUACGGUACCGACCUCUGGAAGGGAGUCCAACAGAACUUGGCGAGGACCUCGGUUUGCGUGGCGAUGAGUCUUCGGUUACUACCAACGUACACCAGCAGAGACUAUGAGAUGAUUGUCCGCCAGCUUCAAACCAAUCCCUAUGCCCAAACAGUGCUUUUACUGACGUCAGAUAUAGACACCAGACGUGUUCUAGAGGCAGCCGAGCGAAUUAGUGUGACAGACCUCCAGUGGAUUGGAACGGACGCAUGGGGUGACCGUGAUUACGUCAUAGAGCAUGCGCAGGUAACCUCCCGUGGAGCACUUACGUUGAGGUUCCAAAAAGCUCCGAUGAUACAAGCCUUCAAGGACUACAUCAUACGGCUGCAGGUGUACGCGAACCGCCGCAAUCCGUGGUGGAUAACGUACUGGGAGGACACAUUCCAGUGCAACACCUUUGGUUCCACUAGGUACAAUGUGUCUUGUCCUUGGCAGCUAAAUUUGGAAUCUGUCUAUAUGCAGGAAACGGAAGUUGCGUACAUCAUAGAUGCUGUGCAACUUUUUGCAACUGGUCUGCAUAACGCUAUGCAAGAAAUAUGUCCCGAAAUAACGAGAUAUAUCUGUGAUGACCUUGCUUCUCAUCCGGACAUUUUACAUCGUUACGUAAGAGAAGCAACUAUAACAAGGCUUGACGGAUCGGUUUUCAAAUUGGACGAAAACGGCAACGGUGCACCUUUCUUUGACGUCCUGCACAUUGAAGCGAAUGACACUGGAGUCGGGAACUCCUACAUGAAGGUUGGAAACUGGACACCAGAAAGGUUGACUUUAAAUUCAGCGCCAUCUGUUGGUCCAACCAAGUGCCUCGGACGCUGUGCAGAGUGUAACAGAGUUGAAGAAAACCCCUACGUGCGGGUUCCUGCACCAAUACAAAUCCUGGGCCUGUUCGACCUGCAUGCGUCAGGGGACCAUCUCGCUGAAUGCGGCGAGCUCAGGGAUGCCGGCAUGGUGAACCUGGAGGCCAUGUUGUAUGCUAUUGAUCGGAUCAAUGCCGAUCCCAUGAUGCUGAAUGGCGUGGCGGUGGGAGCUACUGCGUUCGACACGUGCUCUCGAGGGUCUCGUGGAGUGCGUGACUUGUCGUCUGUGUUCAGCGGAUCUCGUUCACUUCAAGAGGAUAGCAUCCACAAUGUCUGGUCGUUGAUAGGUGGCGUAGUUGGGGGUGAAAGCGAUCAAGUCACCUUGACCACAGCAUCGCUUACCAAGCAGUACAAGUAUGCACAGGUGAGCUAUGGGGCAGGAACAACGGAUGAGAACUUCAGUAAUCUUUUGCAAGUAGGACCCACCGUCGAUAAUCAGGUUUCGGCUGUCAUGCAGUUGCUAGAGUAUUUCCAGUGGCAGUAUGCAUCUCUGAUAUCAUCCUCGACAGAGUAUCGGGUGCAACAAAGAGAUACCUUCAUCCGUGAAGCUGAUCGUCGUGGACUUUGUAUUGGGACACAGGCAGCCAUUGGACAAGCUGAUAUACCAGCUCUUCUGCAAAGCAUUUAUGAAACAACAGAUUUGAAUGUCGUCGUCCUGUUCACAGAUAAGGAAGACACCUUACAACUUAUGGAGGCGGUAGAAAGACAAAACAGGGCACGCCAUCUCCAAUGGGUGAUCGCAUUUAGCGGGCUCGAGGAAAACGAAUUAUCUGGCAGUUCGUAUCUGGGUGCUCUUUCAAUCACCAGUCCACCCAAACGCGUUCCUGGGUUCGAGGAGUAUUUCUCCUCACUGACGGCUCUCUCGAAUCAACGCAACCCCUGGUUCCAAGAAUUCAUUGGUUACAAGUACAACUGCAGUGUGAAUCCUGCUGGUCACUUCUCGGAAGAAUGCAGUCGAUUCGAAAACGCCUCCCUGCAAGUUACUCGUGGAAGCUAUGCCCUGUCAGCCAACGUCAUCAAUGCUGUCUAUGCCAUAGCUUACGGCUUGGAUGACCUCAGGGAUAGGCGCUGUGGAAGCACCCCGGGCUUGUGUGCUGCUUUUGUCGGCUUGAGUGCAGAGGAACUACAGCAAGGAAUUAAGGAAUCUUCAUUUACGGGUGAAGAUGGAAGUAAAGUUAACUUCGAGAAUGGUGCAUCAGUGGAACGAUUCAUCAUAUGGAACUAUAAGCAGAUUAAUAACUCUAAUCAAUUUGGCAUGGUCGGGAGCUGGAUGUCAGGAAAUAUCUCCAUAGAGAAUGGCCGUGUAGACUUGUUAAAUCCACAAGGCCAACCUGUCACAACUCCUGUGUCAUCCCAAUGUCCUGGAUCAUCUCCCCAACCCUCUUUGCCGACCACUACCCCUGUCUCCAGCACGGCUAGAGGCACGACAGUUGCCACCAACAAAAUUACUAUGACGACUAAGAGUGCUACGACAGCCAAAGCCACCACGGCAACUGAAAGCCCGGAGACAAUACAUACCACCACCAAAUCACAGUCUGGCACUACGCAACCACUCGUGGGCGUGUCCAACCUGACAUCGAGCUGGUUCACAAUCCUCCAGAUCAUCGCUGUCAUAGGGAUCAUACUGUCACUGGCAUUGAUUUUCAUGAAUGCUUGUCGCUGGAAACGCCCGGUGACCGAAGCGAUGUCCCCAUUCCUUUGCGUCAUGCUCUUGGUGGGCAUUGUCCUCGCGUACUUGUUGGUUCCCAUCUACGCUGCACCGCCCAGCGUUGUCACCUGUGGCAUCAGGCGAGUGUGGCCGGGAAUCGCUUUUGCGUUCUGCCAGAUUGCCAUAUUUCUCAUGGCAGUGCGGUUGUGUUGGCUCUCCAUGCAAGUACACGUGAUCUCCGGCAAGAUGUCAAUGUCUUUAAUGAACGUUUCGGGGCAGGCGGCGGCGUUUUUCAUCUUGAUGGCGCUGGAGGUCGUGAUAGUGGCAGAAUGGCUCAUUUUACAGCCCCCUGAGUUGAUGGCGAGUGACGCGCCAAACGCCUUCAACGGAAACGGCUCCGUCACGGCUGUGUGUGCGAACGGUGCAUCCAUCUCGGCAUCCCUUUCGUAUGUGCAUGCGCUAAUUGUCAUGGCAUUCUUCCCUAUUCUUCUAACCUGGAGAAAGAAGAACAUGGUUUCCUUGGUCGAGUUGAUAACACUGCAGCUUAUGAAUGCAGGCAGUUUGAUUUUGAUGAUCGCGUGGAUAGUGGUUGAAUCGCUGAUUGCUCCGAACGAUCGCUCAGUAGGAGUGGCGGUCAUCGCAACCAUCAAGGCCACACUGUUACUUCUGCAGUCCCUGCCGCGUGCCAGGAGAGUUCUCUUCAAGCGCGGCUCCUUCGACGAUUCAUCGCGCGUCCAGCUUGCUGAAUCGAGGGGAUCCAUUCCGGAAUAUCCAGCUGCAGAAGACAUGAACGACGAUGUGAGCUUGCGGGGUAGCCAAAUAGAGCUCAUUGAGGCCGCGCUGACCGACAAAAAAUGAGAUUUUUUGGAUCAUUAACAAGGAUUGAAACUAGCAGAGUUCAAUACACGUAUUCGAAAUAUUUGGAAGGCGAACGAACCGUAUUCGAGUGGGCCGUGGUUUUCUGAUCUGUCUUUGAAGUGAUUAAAGAAACGUUGAGAGCAGGAGAUCAAAAAACAGGGAAAAGACAAGGUAUGCCCUGAAAUAAAAAGUUGGAACGUAUCAGCAGUAGACCCUUUAAAUCCCUUGCGCAACAACUACUGAAUUCGUCUUCACUGUUCAAAAAUCCCUGUCAGUAAACGAUCAUUAUGAUGAACUUUUUCACUUUUGCCAUGUGCACAUAUAAUUGCAAAUAUCUCAAAGCAUAUUAAUAUACACAUAUUUAAAUAAUUCCAAAAUGUGGGGUAUGUAAGGUUUUAGAAAAUUUGUUGAUUGGAUAUUUUAAGCAGAAGUUCUUGGGAAGGUAUAGCCCGUUAAAUUCGUGAGAACAAGAUGAUUAUUUUGGAUAUCUCUAAGUUAAGAUAUUUGCCUACAGUUCCUUUUAACUUGUUACCUAAUUAAAGUGGCUUAUUUAAAGUCCACUUCCCAGCAAGACCAUUAUCCUGAAGAAAUGUACGGUCAAAAAUUAAGAUAACAGAGUAAAAGAGGGCCUAUGUAGAAGCUUUUUAAACACAGAUAUUAGUCACUAGUUGCUAUGAAUCACCUCAAUAAUUUUGUAAUAUGUAUGCAGUAAACUUUGUGAUUUAAAAAACCGAAAUAUCACAAGCUGCCGUCAUAGUUCAUUUAGUGCUUACUUUUAAGUCGGGUAAAUGAACUUUUUUUUCAAACUAUUACUCUCUAGAAUAAUUAUGCUUGUAGGGUUUAUCAGCUUAUCUAAGUCCUUAUAUGAUCAAGUAGCCAAUAACAUAACGUUAGCACGUUUGCUGUCUUGAUACGAAUUUUAUUUUAUCCUGAAUCUACCACACGCUUUCACUCAUAAAUGUAUAACGUUUGGAUACGACAUGUACUAAAUAAAAGGCAAGCAUUGGAUGCUCUUCUGUACGGGCAGUGAAAGUUUAUCCUAACCUAAACCCUGCCUUAAAUAUGAUUACUUGUUGCCUUAAAGAGAGGAUUUUCUUAUAGUAUUCGCAGCAUUUGUUGUUAGGUUUGUGAGAUAAUACUUUGUCAAUGCGUCUGUGGUCGUUUGUUUUUGCACUGACUGGUCAAACGCCAGACAGUUUGAACAGAUCGUUAGGGAACAAAAAUACGUCUAUUUCAAGAUGUACUUGCGUUGAGGAGAUGUUAAUUUCAAUUACAGGUUUUGCCCUUACACUGA